CACAAAGUGUGGUUAUGUGUGCAUCAGCUGUCAUGGAAAGUGGGUUGGCGGAGAUGAUUUCUCUUUGUGCCACUUUCGAGUAAACAUCCCACUCCCAGUUUUUCGCAAAAAUCUCCUGAUUCCACGGCAAUUGUGUGCUUUAGUGUUCCUGUAUGAUCUUCCUGAUAAAGUGAGUGAGACGUCUGUGUAGAAAAAAUGUCUCUGAGUCGUUUGUGGUCGAUGCAGAGGAGCCUCAGAGUGGUGUCCGCAGUUGCGAAGCAGAAUUCCAUGGGAUGCAGAUGGAUUCGCUCCAGUGCUUAUGUCCAAGACAAAUUGGCCACGAAAAAUGUCCAGAAACACGAUUGGAAUCGAGCUGUGAGUGAAGCUGAAAAAAUUGUGGGUUAUCCUACGUCUUUUCUGAGCCUCCGGUGGCUCCUCAGCGAUGAGAUUGCCAAUGUAGCCCUGCAUCUACGGAAGCUCGUUGGCAGCAACCAUCCCCUCCUGAAGACAGCCAAGAAUCUCCUCUACAAUGGCAAGAACAACAUGCAGGCUUGGGGACUCAUUGUCCUGCUCGUGUCCAAAGCUGCUGGCCAUGCAGAAAGCAUCCCUGACAUGGAGCAGGACAAGUCUGCUGGUGUUCUACAUACCCAGCGUGGCUUGGCUGAGGUCACAGAGAUGAUCAGGAUCUCCCAUCUUGUGCAUCAGGGGCUGGUCAAUCUGCAGCCCCUGACUGUGCCCGGGAGUGAUCUCUCUGCUACUCAUGGGGACAUGACAUUCGGCAAUAAGAUUGCUCUCCUCAGUGGAGACUAUCUGCUAUCGAAUUCCUGCACAGAGCUGGCAAGUUUGAGGAAUCAGGAAGUUAUUGAACUCAUCUCGUCGGCUGUGCGUGAUCUGGCCGAAUCGGAGUUUAUUGGUGAGAGGGAUCAGCAGAAUAAGCCAUUGCCGUCGAAGCCGAAGGAGCUGCGCAGCAGCACUGGAGAUGCCACGGAUGACUUCAAUUUCAGCGAUGUGGCUAUUCCACUGCAGACGGAUGAGGCUAUUGGAGAUCCGGAGCGUGAGUGGGUGGUCAGGCAUAUUCUGAGUGCUGGGAGUCUCCUGGGUAAGAGUUGCCAGGGUGCACUGAAGCUCGCCGGUCAGCCGGAAGGGCUCCAGCAUCAAGGCUAUCUCUUCGGGAAGCAUCUGGCACUCGCCUGGCAAGCCUGCCUUGAUCUCGAACCUUUUCAAACCUCGACUUUGCCUCUAGAAACAACAUUCAGCUUGGUAUCAGCACCUGUUCUCUUCCAUUUGGACUAUGAUCCAAGUUUGUAUGAAGAGAUCCUCAAGGGGCGAGAAAAUGUUGAGGUCAUUGACUAUGCCAAAGUCCAUGCAGCAGUCAUCAAGGGUCCUGGAUUGGACAAAACGCGAGAUCUGCAACGGAAGCACAGUUUAGCUGCUCUCAAGGUUCUCGAUGAGUUGCCCUCGUCGGAUGCCCGGACAGCUCUGCAGAACAUUAUUUUGGCGAUGCAGGACUUGUAGCAUUGGGUGAUGCUUCCCUGGAGUCACUUUCCGUCCAGAUUGUGAGAGAACUUUAAGUUCUUUCCAAUUUUCUAACUAGUUAAUUCAACGGUGAAUGGUGCUCUUUUCCUCUUUACUGUUUUUUUUUUUGUAGAAUAAAUUUUUAGUAGCUGUUUUUUUUUGUAAUUGUUUAUCUCAGUUAAUUUAUAAAGAUAGAAUCAAGAGCCAGUUAAAGGAAUAAUCGAAAAAAAAAGAAUAAAAACGCCUUUGUAUAGAAAUUGUUAAGUAAUAACUUGUUUCCUGGUUACAAAUUUUUAGGAAGUCUUUUUUAUUAAAGGUUUUAUAUACAAAAAA